AACUUCGUAAGUGAAAAAAGUUUUGUAAUUGGUUCAUCACAAACAAAACUUGAUUUCCAGUUGUCAAUGAAUAUCCUAGCUUAGUGAUUUAGAAUUGUUUUCCUGUUUCCGUGCCUGAAUUACUGUAUAACAGGUGAAGAGUAUGACAUUCGUCAACGCCAUUGCCGACAUAACUUAUAGUAGUUAUGGCUACCUUGUUGAGCGCGGAAAUGGAUCACUGUGCAAGAUGAGAAUAAGUAUGAAAAAUUACCUAAUUGUAAGUGUAGCUAUGAAUAUAACAUUGGUGGCUUCAGUUACGACUUCCAACCAAAUGUCAAACUUAUGUUUAACUCCAGGCUGUAUUCAUGCAGCGUCUAGUGUUUUAAAAAAUAUAGACGCAAGUGUUGAUCCAUGCGAUGAUUUUUAUCAAUUCGCAUGUGGCAACUUUCUCAAACAGGCAGUUAUACCGGACGAUAACGAUUAUGCUUCAUACUUUCAAAUUACUGCAGAUUUGUAUGAGCAACAACUAAGAGUACUACUGGAAGAGAACGUCACAGCGCAAGAACCACGACCGUUCAGGCUACUUAAGAAGAUAUAUCAAACAUGCAUGAAUACAACUGCUAUUGAACUAGAUGGAUUGACGACUCUAAAAUCAAUUUUAGAAGAACUAGGCGGAUGGCCGGUAGUAAAAGGACGAAGGUGGAAUAAAAGAAAAUUUGAAUGGAAACGGACCGUUUACAAGUUUCGUAAUUUCGGUUACGAUACUAAUUAUUUCAUUGCCAUUAAAAUUAUGGAAGACGUGAAGAAUUCUUCACAGCAUAUGCUCUAUAUAGGGCCACCAGUGAUAUUUCGUUCAAACGCAAGUGACAACAUCAAAUACCUUAAUGCAAUGGUGGACGUUGCCACUGAUUUAGGAGCUAAAAGAAGGGUGGCCAAAAGAGAGCUUAAUGAAUCAUUAAACUUCGAGCUCAAAUUAAGUACGAUCGCACGCCCAUUUCAAGAACACGCAAACUUUACCUUAAUGUACCAUCGCAUAUCUGUAUCAGAACUACAACAAAAAGUUCCUAAUAUUCCUUGGUUGGAGUAUUUGAAUUCAGUAUUAAACGUACCCACAAUUACCAUUAAAGCAUCUGAUGUAAUCAUAGCAGCACCCCCUAUCUAUUUCUCAGAGUUAGAGAAAUUGCUCCUCAAUACACCAAAAAGAGUACAGGCAAACUAUCUUAUGUGGAAAACUGUCGCAUCAUCGGUACCUUGUCUUACAGAGAAGUUGCUGCACAGUUUAACGCAGAACAUGUAUUCAAUUGUUGGUUGGAAGAAAUGCGUCAGUUUAACGUUAGACAGUAUGCCAAUUGCCACCGGGGCUUUGUAUGUUCGGAAACAUUUCAACGAAGAUGCCAAGAAAGACGCUAUGGAAAUGGUUUCUGACAUCAGAAAGGUAUUUUUAAACAUAGUAAAAAGGGCCGACUGGAUGGAUGUCGAUACCAAAAAAUAUGCUUUAGAAAAAGCCGAAGCUAUGUCGUCUUACAUUGCGUAUCCAGACGAAUUUCUCUCAGAUGAAACAUUGGAAGACUUUUAUAAGGAGUUGCAUUUGGCAUCCGACAACUUCCUAAAAAUCAGACUGAGCACUAAACGCUUUGAUUAUGAGAGUGUAGCCAAACGUUUAGUACUGCCAGUGAACCAAACCGAUUGGGUUAAAUCCGGAAAACUCGCUAACGUUAAUGCAUACUACAAUGUACUAUCGAAUAGAAUAAUACUGCCUGCCCCAAUAUUGCAAGGCGUCUUUUUCGGUGAUGAUAGACCAUGGUAUAUGAACUAUGGGGGAAUAGGUUUCCUGAUCUCUCACGAAAUUGUUCAUGGAUUCGACAAUAAAGGCCGACAAUUUGACAAAUUUGGAAAUUUGGAAGAUUGGUGGACACCUUCCACAAACGAAAAGUUUAUAACAAAGGCCCAGUGCAUAAUUGAUCAGUACGGAAACCAGUCCAUACCCGAAUUGGGACUAAGUAUAAAUGGGUUUAGGACGCAAGCAGAAAAUAUAGCAGAUAACGGCGGUAUAAGAAAUGCAUAUUUAGCAUACAAUGAAUGGAUUCGACGUAAUGGAAGGGAACAGCUACUUCCCGGGGUGAACUACACUGAUCGCCAAUUAUUUUGGAUUUCGGCUGCAAAUGUUUGGUGUACAAAGAUGGAACCGGUUUUUGCGAAGGAGCUAAUCGGCAUCGACACUCAUUCUCCCGCCAAAUUUAGAAUAAAUCUACCUCUUAGUAAUACGGAUUAUUUUGCUAGAGAUUUUAACUGCCGUAUAGGAAGCAAAAUGCACCCCCAUACAAAAUGCGAGGUUUGGUAAUGAUUCAAAGUUUUUUCAAUGAUGAAUCUUUUCUAGAGUUUGUUUAUACAAUUCAUUGCUCAAUUAACUGUAUGUAUGCUUUCUUUCUUAUAGUAAAAGGGCGAAUAAGAAAAUGUUAUUAAACCAUUAAAAUAGAUUUAUGCUGCACUGGA